AAUGGCUCGAGAACCUGCCGCCUCCAUGCUGGAUCCGCCCGUCGAAUCGAUUCAUCCAUCACCAAGGAGGCGAAGCACGCACGCUAGCUCGCAUGUUGAUGUUGCGCUGGAGGGUGGAGCGGAAGUCGGAGGACCGGCUUCUCCAAGAUAAGCCGUGCAAGCGAGCAUCGUCCUGUUCCUCGCGUCGGGGGAAUCAAGAAUCGGUAGGAAUCGAUCGAGGGGUUGAGUGGUAGGUGCUCCUAGGAGGCGGCAAUAAUGCUGGAGGGGAAGGCGCGGGUGGAGGACACGGACAUGCCGGCGCGGAUGCAGGCGGCGGCCACGUCCGCGGCGUCGCGGGCGCUCGACCUCUUCGACGUCGCCGACUGCCGCGCCAUCGCCGGACACAUCAAGGCGGAGUUCGACAAGAGGUACGGGGUGGGGUGGCAAUGCGUGGUGGGCGCAAACUUCGGCUGCUUCUUCACCCACACCAGCGGCACCUUCAUCUACUUCUCCCUCGAGCGCCUCUCCUUCCUCCUCUUCAAGGCCGCCGCCGCCGCCGCCAUCGCCGCCUCCUAAUCCUUCCAUGCCCGGAGAUCCAUUCGCCGGCGAACUACGGCGUCGAGCGAUAGCAAGAGAAGAGACCAACUUAUGUACGUACGUAAGAAUGUAAUGUAAGCUAGCUCAGAUGCGCCCCAUUUGUACAUACACCAUGCUUGUGCAAUCUUUGCCUUCUCCUUCUUGAUGCUGCUCAUGUUCUUGGUCACCGUGGACGCCUACGCCACAGCCUUGUAUCAAGCUUCCAUUUUCAGUUUUACAGCGUUUCAUCCCCACUUCCGAGUUCAGCACAUUCAGCUUGAAAUCAAGAGAAAAAUCCUUGGCUGGAUGUGCAAGAUCUUUUCUUGCAGUGCAUUCAGUACUGACGUUUUGGAUGGAUGUGACAUGUGAAUUGCGAUCGAGAUGAACUUUUCCAUGUA